CGUUCACUCGCAAGUAAGUAGCUCGAUCCAUCGGUGAACAAGUGUUUACAAAAAAUAUUCGUGAAUGCGUAUAUGGAUCUCUGCGUUGGCUACCUGGAGUCACCUAACCUCGAAUAAUUAAACAUUUUUGGCGAAUAUUAAAAAGUAAAAGAGUAAUGGAAGGUACAGGAGACAUAGUUAGAGUGAAAGAAGAGCCGAAAGAUAUCCAUGUGGAUGCAAGCGACGAUUAUAUUUUUGAUACAGUGAAUCCGUGUAGAGUGAACAACUUUGAAACAUUUCCGAUUGUUAAAUCAUCGGCAAAACAUAGACAUGAGGCUUCUGCGUUGAACGAAAAAAAGGACAAAAAUAUAAAAGUAGAUUUUGAGUGCGUAGAUUUUAAACAUGAAGUGAAAUCUUUAUUGACAAACAUCUGCAAAACUGAGGAUGAACAUUGUCAGCCUAUUGUAAAAAUAAAAGAUGAAUAUCAGAUAAAUGACAUUGAUGAAACUAUAAUCAGCGAUUUUGAGUGCAAAGAUGUGAAACUAGAAGUGAAGUCUCAAGCGACAACCAUAUGCAAAACUGAGUAUGGUGGUUUUCCCUCUGACGUGAAAAUAGAAAACCAAAUUCUGACCGAUUAUUUGAAUCACGAAGAGCAGGAAAUUUUGAUAAAAAACAAAUUAGAUUAUGAAAAACAUGAAUUACAAGUCAAUUCUUGUUUGAAAUAUGAUGAAUAUGAUAAGGGUAAAAAUUUCAAACAAACUAAUGAAUCAAAGUCAUCUAAUAAAUAUGAUAUGCGUCAAAAAAGGUGUCAAGGAGAAGUGAGUCUAGAAACAAAUACUUAUACGACACUUCUCAAAACUCACAUAAAUAUAGUUCAUGAUCGUAGCAAACCAUAUGAAUGUACAAUUUGUCACAAAUCAUUUGGAGAGAAAGGACAUCUCAAUACUCACAUAAAUUCAGUACAUGGUCGGAACAAGCCCUUCGAAUGUGAAAUUUGUCACAAAUCAUUUGGACAAAAAGAACAUCUUAAAAGUCAUAUUAGUACAGUACAUGAUCGUAGUAAACCCUUCGAAUGUGAGAUUUGUUACAAGUCAUUUUCAUCCAAGGCUUACGUUACGAUUCACAUUGAUGCAAUACAUAAUCGUAAAAAACCACACGAGUGUGAUACUUGUCACAAAUCAUUUGGACAAAAAGAACAUCUUAAAAGUCAUAUUAGUACACGGUGCAUAAUCGGAGCAAACCCUUUGAAUGUGAAAUUUGUCACCAAUCAUUCGGACAAAAAAUUACCCUCGAUUCUCACAUAA